UCCUUCUACUUCAUUCCAUUCAGAGUUCGAACAUACAAGCAACGUACAAAAACAAGCACAACCAUGUCUUCAUUUAACUCUUUGUCACUACUUCUGAUCACUCUACUCUUAGCCACGUCAGCCCUAAUAUCCGAGAGCCGGGUCGCCAGAAAAGACUUGGGCCUCGACCUCGGUGGAAUAGGAAUCGGUGCAGGUAUCGGGAUUGGACUCGGCGGUGGCGGAUCUGGGUCCGGAGCCGGAGCAGGGUCGGGUUCCGGAUCCGGGUCAAGCUCAUCCUCCUCGUCUAGCUCCAGUAGCUCCUCGUCGAGUUCUGGUGGUGGUGGUGGGUCGGAGGCAGGAUCCGAAGCCGGUUCCUACGCCGGUUCAAGAGCUGGGUCGGGUUCAGGAAGACAGUCCGGGUCGGGCGGUGGAGAAGGGUAUGGACACGGGGAAGGGUACGGAAGAGGUGGUGGGUCUGGCAACGGCGGAGGGGAAGGUGGGGGACGCGGCGGAGGAUACGGCCGUGGCGGCGGCGGUGACUGAGGGAACGUACGUGCAUGGAUUAUGGAUAGGAUCUCCAUGCAAAAGUGUUGUUACGUAAUUUAUGUUUGUAACGCAUAAAAAUUUGAAUAAAAGUAGUUAAAGUAUGUAAUCAACCAUUCGUGGGAUGAUAUUUCAUUUUCGAGAUUUUAGUGGUUGAAUAAAAGGAGAUGAAAAAGCUCCUAUAUAUGUGUUAUAUGCAAAUUUUAUUGUUGAGAAGAUUGUAUAUCGUAUAUAUUCGACGGAAAAUGUCGUGUUAAUCGAAUACAAUAUGUACUAUAUACAUAUUUGGUGUUU